AUGACGCAGAUUACUGGGGAAGUGAUCAAGAAGGAGGAGGGCGUGAAUCCCCCUGAGAAUGAGACGAAGAAGAACGAACAAUCCGAGGAUAAGAAGGAAGAGAAGAAGGAAUACGCCCCCGUCGGCACCAUCUGCGACGUGCAAAACCUCUACCAGACCAAACCCGACGAGAACGAGUGCACGUCAUGGUCGAAGGAAAUCCCCGACGACCUACCCGUGGCCGUCGAAGACGCCGAAUCGGCCCAGUUCGCGCUAAUUCUCCGAAAGACCAAAUGCUACGACGGACUGAAGAGUCUCUCGAUUCACUCGGUUGUGGUGCAGAGCGAGCCCCUGAAGAAAUUCCUGGGCAAGGUGCUGGACGGAUACCCCGGUGUGACGUUGACGUUGGAUCGAGUGGAAUUCGUCAAGCCCUUCGCUCCCCUCGUCCACCGAUGGGAGGGCUUCAGCAAGGCGUGUGAGGAGGAGGAGGAUGAGACGACGAAGAAACACGCGGAUCUGUUCUACGGGAUCCUCGAGGAGGAGCUGCGGGAUGUCAUCGCACGAAAGCAGGACCACAUUAAGCACGGAGUCAUCACGUUCAACCUCCUCUGGACGAUCUUCGAGCCUGAGGAUGUGGUUAUCACCUCCCUUGGCGGCCACCAGAGCGGAUGUCGAUUUGUCAGUGGGGAGGUAGACUGCGAGGAGGGGUCUUAUGAGGCGAACGUGAAAUACGUCGAGUUUGACGGCGAGGAUUUCGGAUGGAAGGAAGACACCGAAUCGAUCCGCUUCUUUACGGGGACAGCCCCCAUAACCUCCUUGGACAUGUACCCUCUGCGAUACCACCCUGAGAAGGCGACGAUCCGGGAGUCAUUGGUGGCUCGCGGAAAGAGGUGGGAGCAGCACAAGGGGUACCACUACAAGAACUACGAGGGACCAGCAGUCUCGGUCGGUAGAGAUGAUGAGGAGGAGACCAAAUACCAUGUCAAAAGCCGCAUCAUCAUCGAUGCCGAAGGAUUCAACAUUUUCCACCCCACCGAGACCGUCAGAGUUGAUGAAACGAUCCACGGUGAUCUCUCCGACGACCAGCUACUAGUCACAACACCCGCGGUACACGGAUACUCCCUCAAGGAUAAGGAGUGGCUCCGACUAUACCUCGACUCGACCUCCGACAUCAAAUGGGACUCCAACGCCUUCGAAUCCCUAGUUCUCCCCUCGGAGCAAGCCAACUUGAAAGACCUGGUCCUUGCCUUUGCCAAAGCCCAGUCCAAACAGCUCGACAACUUCGACGACGUGGUGCAGGGCAAAGGCCGAGGAAUCGUUAUGCAGCUCAGCGGCCCUCCCGGAGUCGGUAAGACGCUGACAGCCGAGAGCGUGGCCGAAGUGAUGCAAGUGCCUUUGUACGUGAUGAGCGCCGGAGAGCUCGGUUCCAGCGCGGACACGGUCGAGCGACGUCUGAAGAACAUCCUCCGCAUGAUCCCCAAAUGGGGCGCCGUGCUUCUUCUCGACGAGGCGGACGUGUUCAUGGAAGAGCGUAACGCCACGGACCUGCAGCGGAACGAGCUGGUUUCGAUUUUCCUGCGUAUGCUGGAGUACUAUGAGGGAAUUCUCUUCCUGACCACGAACCGGGCCGAACGCAUCGAUCCUGCCUUCGAGUCCCGGAUCCACGUCUCGUUAGUAUACAAGGAACUCGACCAGGCGUCGAGACGGCACAUCUGGACGCAGUUCCUGGGUCGCAACACGUCGGCAUUCACGGAUGAGCAGUUGGACAGCAUCUCAGAGAUUGAGCUCAACGGUCGACAGAUCAAGAAUGCACUGAAGACGGCGAACCUUCUGGCUUGGGUGCAGGGAUCGGAUGUCAAGUAUAACCAUGUGAAAACGGUUCUGGACCUUCGGUCAAUCUCCAAGCCUAAGCUAGAUGGUUGA